AUGGUCAAGCUCUUCAUCCCAAUUCUCUGCGCCAUCACUGGUACCCAAGCACUAUGGCUUGCCGUCUCGAACCAGAAAUGGGAGAACUACGCCAACCGGGGCGGCGUUUUUCCUACCAGAUACUGCGUAGUAGGCAGAGGCGAAAACGAGCAGCAAGCCAUUGCCAACUCAAAGAAGAGGGAUCUGAAAGCUAUAUCGGUCGGUGGAGCAGGCUAUUGUGAUCAGCUGCCCUACUCGAAGAGCAACCAAGGCGGAGGGUACUGGAACGAUCACGGCACUAUCAACUACAUCGACGACAACUGGCAUUGGUACUGCAAUCCUCUGAAAGGUGAAACGGGUGCUUUUUACUGGGAUGGAGCCUGUGAUGCUGGAAGCGGCGCGCCGAGGAAGAAGAGGGAGGUGGAAUUUGCUGCUUAG